CAAAAUCGACAUUGCAAUCUGCGAUUGCGUACAUAUCAUUCACACUCUCACGCCAAAUCCGCCUGUUAGAAGUUUAAAACCCGCGAACAGCAGCACGUCUAUUAGAUAAACACAACUCAAAUUAAGAAUAAAAUAAGAGCUUAGUUCGAGUAGCUAUGGCGGCUUGUUCGUCAGAAGCUGAAAAUCAAUCUCCAGGAAUUUACAUACCAGAACAAUGGUCCGAGGCUGCGGACUCAAUAGCUUAUGAAUCAAAUACUUCGCCUCCGCCUAUUGCUCUGAUUUGUGGAGCCAAAAACUGUGGCAAAACUACCUUCUCACGCCAUCUCGUUAACAAUCUUCUACGCAGAUAUAGAAAAGUUGCGUAUUUGGAUACUGAUGUUGGGCAGCCUGAGUUUACGGCUCCUGGUUUUUUAUCUCUCACUGUGGUUGAUAAACUCACUCCUGACUUGACAAUUCCUUGCCUGAAGACACCUGAAAGAUGCUUUUUCUUUGGUGAUGUUUCUUCGAAAAGGGAUCCGACAGCAUAUUUGAAAUAUGUCUUUGCCUUGUAUGAUUACUAUCGGAAGAAGUAUUGUAUAUUUGACAAGAAUGAAAGUCCUGGCAGGACUGAGUUGCCACUUGUUGUGAAUACACCCGGUUGGGUGAAAGGUCUCGGCUAUGAUAUAUUGGUGGACAUGUUGAGGUAUUUUAACCCUAGCCAUGUAGUUAAGAUAAACAUCUCUUUUGAGAGUAAGAAUCUUCCUGCUGGGGCAUUCUGGUUGGAUGGUGAUCUUGAUAGGGAUGUUAAUCUUAUAGAGAUCAGUUCAGCUCGCCAGGACUCUUACAAUAGAUCAGUGCUAAUACAAAAGGAUGCACGACUUUUGCGGGACUUCCGUUUAAUGGCUUAUUUCAGGCAAUGCUUUUCUAGUAACCAGAGUAUUACUACGAUCAAAGAACUUGCACAUGCACUGGCUUCUCAUCCUCCUUAUGAAGUUCCUAUUUCAAGUAUCAAGAUUAGGCAUCUCCACUGCCAGGUUCCCAGUAGUGAAAUAUUCUACAGUUUGAAUGCAACCAUUGUUGGCUUGGCAAUUAGCGCUGAGAUGUCUGAAAAUUUACCUUGGUGUGUUGGUCUUGGGAUUGUUAGAGGAAUUGACGCUUUGAGAGGUUUGUUCUAUGUUAUCACACCAGUUCCACCAAACAUCCUGGAAAAGGUUGAUCUUUUUCUGCAGGGUUUCAUCCAAAUUCCUACUUGCUUGCUGCAGGUGCAGGGAUGCAUAUCUCCUUACAUAUCUGUUAAUGUUUUACCUACAAGCUAGCUGAUAAAUGAUGUAGAGUUGUUGAUGCUUGAAAUUAUUUUAUAUAGUCCACAUCAGAGGUGUUCAAUUAAUUUUUCUCCCAACUUGUAGAAGAUGUGGCAGCAAAUCAUUUUUAUGCCAAUGUUAAAAACAUAUCAUAAUCUGUCUCCUUUUGUUUGUUUCUAGAUAAUGCACCUUAGAAAAGUAUAUCUCUGAUCAUUAAAAGUUUGUAAGUGCAGAAAAAGUCACACAGAACAUAUAGCUGUACAAGUAGUCAUGGACACAUUAUUCAAUUCUGUGCCAAACAGUGAACUUGGGUAUUUCAACAGCUCUAGUCAAAUAAUUUUGGGGAAA